ACCAUCUAUUUUAGCGACAUCGUAGAUUUUAACGAAAUUGUGAUGAACUGUUCGCCGAUAAAAAUCAUCGACAUACUCAACUCUUUGUAUAAUUUACUGGACACUAUCAUUGACUGCUACGAUGUAUACAAGGUGGAGACAAUUGGAAGCGUGUACAUGGUUGUGAGUGGAGUUCCAGUAAGAAAUGGACAGCGUCAUGUUUUCGAAGUGGCUAACAUGUGUCUGGAUAUCCUUCAAAAAAUUAAGGAGCUGGAUUUUGAACGAGAUCAUGUUAAAAUCAAAUUAAAAAUCGGGAUCAAUACAGGUUGUUCUUGCGUGGCCGGCAUAGUAGGCAACAAAAUGCCUAGGUACUGCCUCUUUGGUGACAGUAUCAACACCGCUUCACGUAUGCAGUCGACUGGAGCAGGUACAUUUUGA